UGUAUCCUAUUGUUGAGAACGGGAGCGGCGGGCUGCAUUCCGCAGGAGUUGACUGUCCCGUCCCCCAGCAAACUUGUCAGCAAACUUUUGGGACUGGGAUUUUUAUGAGAGGAGGGGAAGCGAGGGGGAAAGAAGGUGAAAUUGCGAGCGUCCGCGCGAGGGAAUGGAGAAGCACAAAGUGCUGGACCAGCUCCUGGUGGAGCUCCACCGCUUCCUACUCAUCCUGGACAGGGAGACCCUGAGUGGGAAUGCCACCAUCCAGAAGGGCUUGCUCUCUGAUCUCCUCCAGUCCUACAAAGCCUCCAAUGGUGCUGACGAGGAGUAUAUAUACAUGAACAAAGUCAUUGUUCCUGGGAAGGACAACGACAACAAAGAUGACAGAUCAGAUGACGUGGUCAACGGAAAAGCUGCAAAAUAUAUCCCUGUCCCUCAGAAGAGCCUACCUGACCUGCCGCCCCCCAGAACAGGUGUGGUGGGUCGGGAGCCAUUCCCCUUACCUGCACUUCCUUCUCCAGCCUGUGUAGACACCUCAGAGAGUUACUAUGAGGAGGCGCAGCCCUAUGAGGAAGCCUUCAAUGAUCUGGACUGUUUUGGCCUCCUCUCAGGGCACUGGAUGCGAGUGCAGAGCUCUGACAGUGUGGUCUAUGCCGUUAUCAACAGGGAUGAUGGGGAGGCAGUGAGCAGUUCAUACGAGUCCUACGAUGAGGAGGAAGUAACCAGAGAAAAGUCGCCGUCAGCGCAGCACCAGUGGCCAUCAGCGGAGGCGUCCAUUGAGCUGAUGAAGGACGCUCGGAUUUGUGCCUUCCUGUGGAGGAAGAAGUGGCUGGGCCAGUGGGCCAAACAGCUGUGUGUCAUCAAAGACAAUCGCCUGCUGUGCUAUAAGAGCUCCAAGGAGCAGACACCUCUGCUGGACGUGAGUCUGUCUGGCUGCAGUGUGGUCUACAAGGAGAAGCAGAUGAAGAGAAAAGAGCACAAGCUGAAAAUCAUUCCAGUGGGAGGGGAGGCCAUCGUGCUGGGCCUUCAAAGCAAGGAGCAGACAGAGCAGUGGCUGAGGGUGAUUCAGGAGAUCAGUCCCAAGCCAGCUGAUAACUGUGACCCCCACCACUCUGUGUCUGACUCCCCAAGGCUCAUUUGUACAAAGGGAGAAAUGAGUGAGAGAUACUCAGUGGCUUCAGAGAGUGGCAGCAGCACCGAUAGCCAUGCUGAGACUCCCGAAAUCAAAGAUGUAAAGAAGAAAUAUGGUGCAGGUUUGAAGUUCAGCAACCUCAUGAACAUUGGCAAGAAAAAGCCCUCCUCUUUGGAGAGCCCAGAGAAAUGUGUAGACACCUCAGGCUACCUUAACGUGUUGAUGAACAGCCAAUGGCGGACCUGCUGGUGUCUUAUAAAGAACGGUCAGCUAUGGUUUUACCAGGACAAGGGCAAGAACAAAGUUAGCCAGCCAGCUGUGAACCUGGGGGGGUGCAGUGUUUUGCCGGACCCCAGCCCUGAGCACUUGUACUCCUUCAGGAUUGACAUGGAUGGCACACAGCUGGCAACCCUAGAGGCCAAGACGUCUGCAGACAUGGGCCAUUGGCUGGGCCUCUUGCUGUCACAGACGGGGAACAAGACGGACCCCGAGGAUCUGACGUACGACUACGUCAAUGCUGAGAGGAUCUCCAGCAUCGUCAGUGCUGCCAAGACUUCUUUAUACUAUAUGCAGAGGAGGUAUUCAGAACCAAACACCUACAUAGACGCCCCGCCCUCCAUCCCUCACGACUCUGACGAACUGUAUGAUGAUGUGGCGUCUCUAGCUGAUCCAGAGGAUGCUGAAGAGAGUGGCCUGCCAGACAGUGAAAACAACAGUCUGCAGGAACAUAAUGAAACACGCUCAGUGGGAACAGAGCAGGACAUUGAAAACAGGAUUUACUUGGACCUAGUCCCUGUACGCUCCUUCCUCCAUACGUCCACUGGAGGUAAAGCCCCCCCUGCCAAAGAAACUUCUGGACAUUCACCAGUCCCAGUAGAGCAUGAGAAAGACCCCGUAUCUCAAGUGAAAGAGGUCAUUUCAAACCCUUCAAACCCUACUGAGCCAGAAUCUGCACCUAUGUUAAAUGGAACAAGUUCGACCUCUGCUGCCUACAAACCAGAAGAAGAGCGUCCCCCGACUCCCACUCCACCGCGGCCACAAACUCAGCCAGUCAAGACCUCGUCCCAAAGCCAGGAGACCCCCAAGAGGACCAGCCUGGGAAUCCCACAGGCCUUCCUCUCCUCCGGGGUACAGGUCCAUAAAGGCCAAACGUUUCCGACUGCUUCCGGACUCCCUCACAGUCCUCAACCCAUGCGGCCCAAAGCACAUACCAUAGGGUGUCCCGGUGCAGUUGAAGGGAAACUGGGCAAGAACCGUACAGAGGCAGACUUGCGGCGCUACAUCGACGAGCGCGACCGCCUGGAGAAAGAGAAGGAGGAGGUGAGGAGCAGUCUGGCAAGCCUGAAGAAGGAGAAGAGGGAUACCAGAGAGGAGCUCAGUGCCUGUCAAGAUCCCAAGCAACAGGCCUUAUUAGAAGCCCGUUUGAAGCAGAAAGAGGAGGCGUGUCGAGAGGCAGAGCAGCGCAGGGUAGAAGUGGAGCUACGGUUGGUAGAAGUGAAUCAAAGUCUGAAGAAGGUGGAGUCUGGGCCUUUCACUCUGGGAACCACACUGGACAGCAGCCUUCAGGACACACCCACGCCUAAAACAGCAACCCUGCCUGCUCCCCAGACGUCGUUGUCAUCAUCAUCAUCCUUCCAACCCUCCAACAGCAGCGUCAAUGCAGACCCAGCCUCCCCAGUCAACUCUGCCUCUGCGCUAAAGAGCAGGCCUGCCUCUAUCAUGGCCACCACAGGCAAAGUCCUACAGAAAGCUAAGGAGUGGGAGAAGAAAUCCGCAACCUAGAAGGAAACCCUGAAUGCCCCAAAUCCACAAAUUUCUCUUGGUCUUGUCCUGCUUCAGCAAGGAACUGCCGAGUGACCAGACCAGACGGUUAAAUCAGCACCCACAGGACUCUGGAUCCUUCAUUCUCAUCACUUUCCUUGCCACGACUAUAAAGAGCCAAUCAGAGCGAUGCACAAGCCGUCUUCUCAAAUACCACUGGAUAAUCUUAGUUGCAAUGACUUUUCAAGUUUUUUUUUUUCUCCAUUUGCUAAAGCGAGGACAUUAAAGUAGUAGCAUCAUGGCCAGUCUCCAAUUGUUCCUGAUAAAGAUGCACACAUGGGAUGUUUCAGCAUGGAAAACAGCCAAACAUUUGAAACCACAGAAGUUUGAGACAGCAAGACACCCCUCUACAAAAUUGGCCAUUUUGUACACUCUAGAUUGUAGCUUGGUUCAUAUAUGCUGGUAGCCAAGAUGUAAAUAUAUUUACACCAUUAUUCAGCCUUUUGGCUUGUAUUGCUAGCUAAACAUGCACUUUUUAAUCAAAUAAAAAUGUACUGACAACAA